CUAUAAUUGCGACCUACACAGUUGGCGCUAUUUAAAGCAAGUUACAUAUUGUAUGGUCGUAUCUACUAACCGUGCGUGUAAUACAAAAUGAAGUUUUCAGCACUAGGCAAGUCUUCACGACCACUAUUCUUGUCAACCCUAGUUUUAUUUGAUGUUGAAACCACGGGAUUACCGUCUGCCAACUUUAAUCCAGAAAUUACAGAAUUAUGUAUGUUGGCUUGUAGUCGAUUCAGUUUGGAGAAUGCCACUGAUGAGCCUAGAGUAGAAAAUAAACUCACACUAUGCUUCAAUCCUACUAGAACUAUUUCAUCGAUAGCAUCCAAAAUCUCCGGUUUAAAUUCUGAUAAUUUGUUCCAUCAGAGGGAUUUUGAUGCUAGUGCAGUGGAUCUUAUUCAGUUGUUUCUUAAUCGAUUGGAUUCACCUGUAUGUUUUAUCGCUCAUAAUGGACUGCGUUUUGACUUUCCAUUGUUGAGAGCUCAAAUAAUGAGUGUCAAAGGAAAAGAUUACAAUCUGAAUGACUCUACAAAUGCACCAAUUAUAUGUACAGACACAUUACCUUUAUUUCGAGAGUUCGCCUCCCAGUUGGCUGGAGUAAAUUCAGAUGAUUCUGGCUUUAUUUCAACUGAUGACCAGUCAUCCACCCCUGUUCCUAUAUCUCAUUCUAGUCCAAUAAAGUUACCUACUACUACAAACAAACAUUCCUUUCACUUAGGUGAUAUACAUGAACGUGUAUUUGGUGAAAAGCAUAAACAUGCUCACAGUGCAGAAGGUGAUUGUAGAGCGAUGCUUCGACUAAUCCAAUAUUUAGGAUCACCUGCUAUCGAUUGGUUACAAUCUCAUUACAUAAAUUUUAAUUCAAUAACACCCAUGUACAGCUUACAGACAUCCGGCACUAGUCGAACUUGUUCUCUGUUCCCUUACCAAAGAACGAAAGUAUAUUCAAAUGUAUCCCUUAGUGAUACCACUUCUCAGUUGGAUAACUUGCAGUUGGAAUAAUACAAAAGCCCUGUAAAUAUAUUUUUAUCAAAAUUACUUUUGAAAUAACUUUUCGGUGUUUUUCUGACUUAUUUUUGGCUAUGUUUUUAUCUAAUUUGACUGACUCGUCGACAAACUUUCAUUUAUUUUUUAUCAAAUACGCACAGUUAUCUACUUAAAACGUUUUAUAUUAUUUAACUUCUUGAUGAUUGAUUCUCAUGCUUGUACUGUCUUUAACCUUUUUAAUCUGCUUAAAUAAAUAUAUCAUGUCAAAAAAAUUAGAUCUCUAUCUCUCCAUGUUCUUUCUGAUAAGUUAUUUCUUUCCACGUCAUUUGUAUUAUUCCUAUAAUCAUGAAGUAACUAAAUGAUUUAAGGUAAUUUUACUGUCAUGUUUAUUGCAGAUUAACGCCUAUUUUUAUUAUAUUUUG